AUGACCAAGUUCCUAAAACUGCUCUCCCCGUGUUCCCUGGCCGCUGCCGGCCCCCCCCGCGCUGCCGGGCGGGCCCCGCCGGGGCGGAGCCGCCGGGAGGAUGCGGGAGGGGACCCGGGCCGGCGGGGCGGGGGCGGGGGCAGCGCCCGGCCGGGAUUCACCGCCGCGGUCACUCCUGGCCCCGCGGGCGCUUCCUUCCCCCGCCGGGGCGGCUAUAAAGGGGGCGGCCGGGAGGAGCGGCCCCAGCUCAGCUCCGGGCGCCGCCGGCCGCCCCCUCCGCGGGCCAUGCGGCCACCGCCGCUGCCGCCGCUGCCGCUGCUGCUGCUGCUGCUCGGGACGGCGGUGCUGGCCCAGCCCCGGGAGCUGUCGCCCGCGGGCGCGCAGUGCCUGGAGCACGAGUGUUUCGCCGUGUUCUGGGCGUCCCGGACCUUCUCCGGAGCCAACGAGGGCUGCGGGCGGGGCGGGGGGCACCUCAUGACCGUGCGCUCCACCGUGGCCGAGGAGGCGAUCGCGCUGCUGCUGCAGAACCGCGAGGGGCGUCUCUGGCUGGGGCUGUCGCUGUCGCCCUCCUUGUCGUGCACCGAGCCCAGCCGGCUGCUCCGAGGCUUCAGAUGGGUCACGGGCGACCGCAACACCGAUUACACCAACUGGGCGCCGUCGGGGCAGCGCUGCGGAGAGCGCUGCGUGACCGUGUCCCGGGAGCUGCGCUGGGAGGAGCGGCGCUGCGAGGAGCCGGCCGACGGCUUUCUGUGCCAGUACACCUACGGAGGCAGCUGUCCCCGCCUGGCAGCGCCGCCCGGCGUCCCCGUCACCUACGCCACCCCGUUCGGCGCCCGCGGAACCGAGUUCCUGGCGCUGCCGCCGCUCAGCGCCGCCUUCGUCCCUGAGCUGGGGCUGGAGCUGCGCUGCGAGGAUGGGGAAGGCGCGGGGCCGCGCUGGGGCCGCGACGCUCCCGGAGCGUGGCCGUGCGGGCUGGGAGGCGGUGGCUGCGCGGGGACGUGCGCGGAGGAGGGCGGGCGGCCGCGCUGCUCCUGCCCCGAGGGCACCGUGCUGGGCACGGACGGGCGCGGGUGCCGCUCGCCCUGCGAGGGGGCGCAGUGCCAGCAUCACUGCGUGGUGGCCGGGGACUCCUUCGUGUGCAUGUGCGCCACCGGCUACCGGCUGGCGGCCGACGGCGUCAGCUGCGAGGACAUCGACGACUGCGCCAGCGAGCCCUGCCCGUGCGAGCAGAAGUGCGUGAACACCCAGGGGGGCUUCCAGUGCCAUUGCCACAGCGGCUACACCAUGGUGAACGGGAGCUGCCAGCCCCUGCCGCUCUGCUGGAAGGCGCCGUGCCAGCAGCUCUGCGAGGAGUUGCCCCAGGGCUACCGCUGCGCUUGCCACCCGGGCUACGCGCCGGACCCGCGGAACGCCACCCUGUGCCGCCUGUACUGCAACACCACCGAGUGCCCGGCCGUGUGCGACGCCGGCGGGGGCUGCGACUGUCCCGAGGGCUUCCUGCUGGACGACGAGAAUCUGUGCGUGGACAUAGACGAGUGCGAGAGCGACCACUGCCCCUUCAACUGCACCAACACGCCCGGCGGCUACCAGUGCCACUGUCCCCAGGGCUUCGAGCUCCGCGACGCCGACUGCGUGCCCAUCCUGGGCGGGGACGGCGAGGAAGAGUUCUCGGGAGAUGCCGAGCCCGUCCUGCCCACGCCCGCGCCCAGCCGGCAGCCGCCGAAAGCGGAGCGGCUGCACCCCGGGGUGCUGGUGGGCAUCGCCGCGGGUGCCCUGCUGAGCCUGGGGGCCCUGCUGGCCCUGGGCUUCCACCUGGCCAGGAAGCGCUGCCGCUCCCACGGCUCCAUGGAUUACAAGUACAGCGGCCCCAGCGAGAAGGAGCUGGGGCUUCAGCCCGUCCCCUCGGCGCAGAAGCCGUAGGGACAGCGGGACAGGACGGACUCUGCCAGGCCGAACUGGGUGACGUUUAAUUCCCCCCCGCUCCUCCCCGUCCCGCUGCUCCCCGGCUGGAAUUUGGGAACGAUCAUCCGGGAAAAGCUGUGAUCACCCCGCUCCCAGAAAAUACUCUCUGCUGCUACCCGGCCGGCUCUUGGAAUGCUGGCGCCGGAGAGCGCAGAACACCCAGAGGCUGCGCCUUUCCCGCUCCCUUGGAGUUCAGCUUUCCCUUUUCCCGAGCCGGGAAAACCUCGAGGAAAAACCGCGAGGAGGGACAGCUCCGUGGGGAAGUGACUCGAAA